AUGGAGUAUCAAGAUAAUAUUUAUUCAAACUAUUAUGAUCCAAGAAGGAAUCCGUCCCGAUCAGGUGUGAAUCCUCAACAACGUUCUUAUCAACAACCUGCUAAUCCACUUCCUCAGCUACCGCAACAAGGAUUUCAAUCACCUCAACAAGUAGGAUACCAGCAAGUUACAUAUCAGCAAGGAUAUCAAAAUGAUUAUGAGAGAGUUUCUCCUCCUAUGAAUCGUAAUCAAAUUCAAAGGCAACCAACUAAUGGAUUUGGUUAUGAAAAUGUUAAUAAUUAUGGGAAAGAGAAUACUUAUUAUGACCGAGAACGUGAACAGCGAAUACAGAACGAUAAAUACGAAAGAAGAAGGUCUGCUCGUCACGUCGAGCUUACUCAUGGAAAUUUAGUGCUCGAUUGUCCAGUACCUGACAAAGUACUUCGUAAUGUUAAAUACAGUGACGAUGAAGAAUUUAGUACUAUGCGAUAUACUGCUGUCACGUGUGAUCCAGAUGAUUUUAUUCAAAACAAGUACCUUCUCCGACCUCAUAUUUAUGGUCGAAAGACUGAACUCAUGAUUGUUAUGACUAUGUACAACGAAGAUGAUAAACUAUUUAUUAAAACCAUGUCUUCUGCCAUCAAAAAUGUUGCACAUCUCUGUUCAAGAGAUAAAUCUAAGACAUGGGGACAUGAUGGUUGGCAAAAAGUAGUCGUGGUAAUAGUAUCUGAUGGUCGUAAUAAGAUCGAUAGACGAACUUUAAAUGUUUUGGGCGCCAUGGGAGUUUAUCAGGAUGGAAUAAUGCAAGAUAAUGUUGACGGAAAAUCUGUGACUGCUCAUCUUUUUGAAUACACCACUCAAUUAAUGAUUGAUAGUGAUUUCAGUAUUCGCGGACAGGAUAAAAAUAUUCCUCCAGUUCAAGUUUUAUUUUGUUUAAAAGAAAAAAAUGCUAAAAAAUUAAAUUCACAUCGUUGGUUUUUCAACGCUUUUGCCGCUCAGUUGAAUCCAAAUGUUUGUGUUUUACUUGACGUUGGCACAAAACCUUCUCAUACUUCAAUUUAUCAUUUAUGGAAAGCUUUUGACCGUGAUCCUAAUGUUGGUGGUGCCUGUGGAGAAAUAAAAGCAGAACUUGGGAGUGGAUGGAGGAAUCUUUUAAAUCCUUUGGUCGCAUCUCAAAAUUUUGAAUAUAAAAUGUCCAAUAUUUUAGAUAAACCUUUAGAAUCGGUUUUUGGUUAUAUCUCUGUAUUACCAGGUGCAUUCUCUGCAUAUCGAUUUAAAGCUUUACAAAAUACAUCCCCUGGUAAAGGUCCUUUAGCAUCUUACUUUAAAGGUGAAACUAUGCACGGUUCGGGAUCAACUAAUGUCUUUGAUGCCAACAUGUACUUGGCUGAAGAUCGUAUUCUAUGUUUCGAACUAAUUGCUAAGAAAAAAGAGUCAUGGAAAUUGAAAUAUGUCAAGUCUGCUAAAGCAGAAACAGAUGUCCCAGAUAAUGUACCAGAAUUUAUUUCCCAACGUCGUCGUUGGUUAAAUGGAUCUUUCUUUGCUGCCUUCUACUCUGUUGCAAACUUUACGCGUAUUUGGACUUCUGGACAACCAUUUUAUCGCAUGUUAAUGUUACAACUUGAAUUCUUGUAUAAUGCCAUUCAGUUACUUUUUAAUUGGUUCGCCUUGGGUAAUUUCUUUUUGGCUUUCUUCUUUUUGACUCAAUCCACCACUCAAAAUCCGGAUACAGACCCUUUCAGAGGUUAUGGAGGCGAGAUAUUUGACAUUUUCCGAUCGUUAUAUAUGAUGGUUAUUAUAACGAUCUUCAUUUGUUCGAUGGGUAAUCGCCCUCAAGGAUCUAGGCUUAUAUAUACACUUUGUAUCAUCCUUUUUGCAGUUAUUAUGUCAAUUAUGAUUUAUUGUGCAUUCUACACAGUAUAUCUAACAUUAUACCAUACAAACCCUCCAAUUAAUUUCAAGAAUUUUUCGAGCAUCCAAAGUGCUUUAAAAAAGGCAGCAUUUCGUGAUAUCGUAAUUUCUAUUGUUUCAACUUAUGGAUUAUAUUUUUUUGCAUCCUUCAUUCAUGGUGAACCAUGGCAUAUGUUUACUUGUUUAUUGCAAUAUAUCUUACUUGUUCCUUUUUAUGUCAAUAUUCUCAUGGUUUACGCAUUCUGCAAUACUCAUGACGUUUCAUGGGGUACAAAAGGUGACAAUGGUAGUACCGGCAAUUUGGGUGGCGCACAAGCAGUAACCGGAAAAGACGGUAAACAAGUGUUUAAAGUUGACGUUCCCACAGAAAGAGAUGAUAUCAAUGCUGCAUAUGAUAAGAUUACAAAUGAGCUAAGAAUCAAGGUUCACAAAGAGAAACAACAUCGUGAUGUUGCUACGAAAAAGGAUGAUUAUUAUAAAUUAUUCAGAACAAAUUUAGUACUUGCAUGGAUGUUUUCAAAUGGUUUCCUGAUCUUAUUAUUUACGUCUAAUACUUGGCAAAGAUACGUUAAUUCUACUAGACCUGAUAGUGCUUUCAAUCCUUAUUUGACCUUUGUAUUUUGGUCAGUUACGGGUUUAUCGGCAAUCAGAGCAUUUGGUAGUAUAUGGUACUUGAUUCUUCGCGCUGUGUUUGGAUAG